CAGUUUAUUUAGAUCCCUUCCCUCCGCUUCUCCUUCUCCGCUUCUUCCAUUUCGCGCCGUUUACUUGCAGUCGCAGACCGUGAAGAUGAAGAUGGAAGGAAGGAAGAGGGGGAGGUCGGCAGUGGACGGAUUAAUGGAGGCGGAGGGAGAGAAGCAGAGAGAGUUGGACUUGAGCGGCAUGUCCCUCGACUCCCUUCCCAAUCCUGCUUCCGUCAAUCUCGCCCUCAUCACCAAGCUCGACCUCUCCAACAAUAAUCUCCAGAGCAUACCGGAGUCGUUGACAGCGAGAUUGCUGAAUUUGGUGGUGCUGGAUGUGCACUCGAACCAGCUGAGGACGCUGCCGAACUCCAUCGGUUGCCUCUCCAAGCUCAGGGCCCUCAACGUCUCCGGCAACCUCCUCGAGGGCCUCCCCAAAACCAUUGAGGACUGCCGGGCACUGCAAGAGCUGGCGGCGAAUUUUAACAGGCUGACGUCGCUGCCGGAGACGAUGGGCUUCGAGCUCCGCGACUUGCGAAAGCUCGCCGUCAACUCCAACAAGUUGUCGUUCCUCCCGUCGUCCACCUCGCACAUGACCUCGCUCCGCGUCCUCGACGCCCGGCUCAACUGCCUCCGCUGCCUUCCCGACGGCCUCGAGAACUUACUAUGCCUCGAGGUCCUCACCGUCGCCCACAACUACCACCACCUCACCGCCGUCCCUUACUCCCUCGGCCUCCUCCGUUCGCUGCGAGAGCUCGACGUCAGCUACAACGCGCUCACGCACCUCCCCGCCUCCCUCACCUGCCUCCCCGCCCUCCGCUCCCUCCGCGCCGAGGGCAACCCCCUCGUGUCGCCGUCCCCGAGGGUCCUCGACCAGGGCCUCGACGCCGUGCGCGACUACCUCGCCGCCAAGAUGCACGCCGACGACGCCGACGCGAUGAAGAAGAAGAAGCAACAGCAGCAGAAGCAGGGGUCGUCGUGGAUCAAGAAGCUAGUAAAGUGCGGUACGUUUCCCGCGGCAAGCGGCAACGUCCGCUCUGGCGACGGGCUGAUGACGGCGGAAUACCGGUGGGUCGACGGCGAUUCCUCGCCGGGCUACGCUGGUAUCUUCUCGCCGCGCCGUUUGUUCUCGCCGCGCAAAAUUAAGUAGAAAUUAAUAUUGUUACUUAAAGUGAGUAAGGAUCAAAUUAAAUCUUUAACAAAUUAAUUAGUUAAUAAAAAUAUUUUUGUUGGUAAAUUAAAUGAGGUGUUAAGUGUAUACAAUAAAUACCUAAAUUGGUAGGGGUGUUUGGUGGUAAAUUUUAUCCUGUCUAUACAUGCAGUUGCCUAACCUCUCACA